GCCACCGUUGCCGUCUCCAGAGUCCCUUUCUUUUUUUUAACUCACGGUGUUGUCCCUUUCUCCAAGCCACCGCUGCUAUCUCUAGAGUCCGGCAACGGCCAAUCUUCUUCGACGCCGGUUUGCACUUCUUCUUCUCCUCUUCCAAGUGGAGAAGAUGGCUCGAACGAAAAAUGCUCGUGGCCCUAAAACACCAAAGAACUCAACGAUCACGCCAGAAGCAAUCAUUAACAAUGCCCACUCUUCUAAACGAACAAGAGGUCAGGCUGUGAAAGUAUCCCCUGUUAAAAGGUUGGAAUGUCUUCCUCCAUCUGAGUCAAAUAUCCAAACCUACUUGAAUUUUCCCACCAAACUCUUGAAGGAUAGGUAUUCAGUAAUUUCUCAGUGUGACAUUCUUCAAGGUAGAAGUCUCGAUGUGUCUACUCUAGAAACUCUUAGAAUUAGGAAAGAAGUAGAAGACUUAAUUGAGCAAAUUGGAUGGAAAUCUUUCUUUCAUAAUGAUUGUCCUGCUUUUAUUGAGUUGACAAGGGAGUUUUACACAACAUUUGAAUUUGAUACUCCUGCAGACCUUAGUUUGGAUACUCCUGGUGUGAUUAGAUAUAGGCUGAUGGGGUAUGACAUUGAAGAGUCGAUAACGGAUUUUAAUUUGUCUUUGGGUGCUAUUUCUAAGGAUGAUUUGCAUGUUGAUUGGUACAUAAAUUCAAAGGUUGGGUAUGGGGAUUUUGUGCCUAAUCAUGUGUGGGUUGACAUGGCAGUCGGUAAAACCACGUAUGAUCCUAGUCAGUCCCCAAGUACUUUGUUGAAAAAACCUGAAUGGCAGUAUCUUCACCGUCUAUUGUCAUUUAAUUAUAUUGCACGAAAAUCAGGUACAACCACUUGUUCAAAGGUGGAAUUAUAUGUGAUAUGGGCUAUGGUGAAUAGUGUUAAACUGAAUUUGGGUUAUUGGUUGGCAUUGCAAAUUAAAAAAGUGUUGGAGAAAAGAAAAGGUUUGAUUCUUGGUUCCAUGAUUACACGGCUUGCUAUAAGUCAUGGUUUACUUGAUCUUGAGAACCACUCAUUGCACAAGGCUCAUGAUAACAAACCCUUAGACGAAAAAUCUCUUAUCCGGAUGGGAAUUGUUGAAAAGAAGGAUGGAGUUCUCAAGUUUGUACCACCAUCUACUCCAAUGCCACCUGUAGAACUGCACAGACAAAUAAAGAGGGCUCGUCUUGAAAAAAGUGACAUUCUUGAUAACCUUGAUGCCCCCGACCAAUCUUCCCUCGACCAAUCUGCUAGCAAUACUACCGGGUCAGAUGUGAUGCAAAUGGUUGAUGGUAUUGUUGUUGAAUUGAGGCAAAAGAUUGAUGAUGUAGCUAAAGAUCUGUUGAAAAAGUUCGAUGAAAUAGCCAAAGAUAUGAUGCUUAAAGUCGAAGAAAUAGCUGUAGUGCAGGCUGAAAUGCAAUCGGACUUGAAGGCUGAAAUAAGAUUUUAUUAA